UAUAUUUUUAUUUACCUUACAUUAUAUUAUUCAAAAAUGAUUUACAGUUUUCGGUAGUGUUAUACCUAUUUUAUGGGUUCACGUAUAAAGUUUAAAGUACAGCAAAAUGUUGCAAGAAAACAAGAAUAUGAAUGUUUUGGAUUUAUUUGAAAAACAAAAAAUGGUUAAAGUAUGUGCUCCAAUGGUUCGAUAUAGCAAAUUGCAGUUUAGAAACUUGGUUAAAUUAUACGACUGUGAUUUAACUUUUACACCUAUGAUAUUAGCGGAUUCUUUUUGUCUAAGUGAAAAGGCAAGAAGAAACGAGUUGACUACAAAUUUACUAGAUACUCCAUUAAUAACUCAGUUUGCUGCAAAUUCUGUGUAUGAAUUUGUAGGUGCAGCACACCUUUCUUCACCAUAUUGUAAUGGAGUGGAUUUAAAUUGUGGUUGCCCUCAAAAAUGGGCAAAAGAAUUAGAAUUAGGUUGUGCUAUGUUAAAAAAACCUGAGCUUGUUUAUGAUAUAGUUAGGCAAUGCCGUAAUAGGAUAUCGAAACCAUUCACUUUGGAGUUAUGUGGUGUUAGUUUCCUUAGUGUACAUGCUAGAACGUCAAACCAAUUUACAGGAGAAAUAAAUAAAAACAUUUUAAAGUUAAUUAAAGAAAAUUGUAACAUUCCAAUAAUAGCAAACGGUGGAUUGACGUCGUUGGAAGACUGUGUUUUACUACAAACCGAAACAAAUUGUGAUGGUUUUAUGGUAGCUAAUGGUUUACUAACAAAUCCAAUGUUGUUCAGUGGUUCAACUACAACUUCUGUGAGUUGUAUACAAAACUGGUUAAAUAUCUGCUACAAUAGUACUUUAAAUCUAGCAAGGUACGAAAAUGAAUUAAAAGAUCCAAAAUGUGUGGUCGAAGAAAAACCUUACAAUUUGACAUUCCAAUGCUUUCAUCACCAUUUAGUUUUUAUGUUGGAAAAAGUUUUGCCAAGGAAGGAGAAACGUAUUUUUAAUAAUUUAAAAUCAUUUAGUGAUGUUUUAGAAUUUAUAAGGGAUUAUUUCGAUAUACGACCACAAUUGUAUGAGCCAAUGCAAUUUUAUAAAAAUGUAGUUUUAGAUUUAGAUUUUUUUGAUAGAGAAGAAGUAUAUCGAAAUUUAAAAUCACUAGAAAGUUUUCAGGAAACUAACGAAGCUAUUCUCUACGACUGUGAAGACGAUGGAAAAUAUUUCAAAAACAAAAUUAGUCCUGUGGAGAAAAACAGUGAAUGUGAUUGGUCAAAUUUAUUUUUAGAAAAUGACUAAUGGCAUUUAUUUACCACUUAAUUUGUUAUAUAUUUAAAUAAAAAAUGUUAUUUUAAUUUCUUUAAUUUUUGAAAUGUAAUACGUAGAAGAAAACCUCCCACAUUCGAGAUGGAUAUCCUAAGAGAUUGUAUAGAGUGGACCAAAUGCGAUAGCAUAUGAAGUUAUUUUGAAAACUAUGCGAGAUAGAAAAUAUUGUUAUAUAUUGAUUAUUUAAAUUAAACAAAAAAUGGUGCAAACCUGUAACCCAGUUAUUAAGAGUUGAAUUUAAAAACAAAACAUUUAAGUAGAUUGGGGUAGAAAAAAAAUACUCAUUAAUUUUUGAGAUUGAUAAAAGUUGUAUUUUUUUUUUAUAUGGAAUGUAUUUUUGUCAUUCGUUUACCAUUCAAAUUAGCUUUCCAUGUUUCUCAAAAAUUGUAAGGUAUUAAUUGAAAACUAUCAAAAAUGAACUGUUGAUUUUUUCCACCAUACCAUUGUUUCCUGCUCCUUAAAAAAGCUUUGAUAAAAUGUAAUUUGUAUCACUCUUUUUCUCUGAAAUUGCGACUAACACAGAACAUUUUUUUCUAUGUUGGACUUACUAACAUUGCGAUCUUUUCUGGAAUCACCUUAGUCUUUCUUUGUGGCAACAUCUUAUAAAUAAUGGUUUUAGACUUAUUUAAGGGUAAUA